AUGCCGUGCAGUGAGGACGAUGACUCCCAAUCUGGAUUUAUGUCCGAACCCACACAGGGAAUGUCAAAGGCCGAACUCCGUAAGACUAAUAAGCCGAUUAUGGAGAAGAAGCGAAGAGCGCGCAUCAACCAUUGUCUCAAUGAAUUAAAGGAGCUACUUACGGACUCCAUGGAUAAAGAUCCGGCGCGUCACUCGAAACUCGAGAAGGCGGACAUCCUGGAAAUGACCGUGAAGCACCUGCAAACGCUGCAAAGGCAGCAGCUGGCGGCCGCCAUCGCUGCCGACCCGCAAGUGCUGCACCGGUUCAAAUCGGGCUUCGGGGACUGCGCCGUGGAGGUGCGCAGGUAUCUAUCGCGGCUGGCCAACGUGCCGACCGGCCUGAGGUACCGGUUGGGGGACCACCUGAGCUCCUGCCUCUCCGGCAUAGAGCGGCUGCACCCGGACCGGCCGCCCUUGAUCCCGGACCCGCUCAGGCUGGACGAGCGGCCGAGCGCGUUCCGCUACGUGCGCUCGACGAGGCCGACCAGCCCGCCGCUGAGCCCGCUCUCGUGCGACUCCGCCUGCGACUCUUCAACAGAACUGGAGACGCCGCCGCGGCCGGUGCAGGCGUUCCCCUUCCCGACGCCGCCUAGCAACGCCGCCUCCGACCAGGACUCCAGUCCCGAGCAGAAAUCAAUCGUGUCCUCGACAACCGUCUCGCCCGAAAGCCAACAGGAGGCGAGGGGCAAGCGCACAAUGGAGCCGCUGUCCAUCGUGAUAGACGUCGAGAACUACAAGAUAGGUAUCGACGCGUCGCCGAAGCGGGCGGUCGACUACUCGAUGCGGCAGAGGCUGAAGCGUCCCUCAGAAACGGUGGGCCCCGCGCCGAAAGUCAUCCGAUUGGAGCCCCAACGGGGGGUUCCCAGCCCGGAAAAGUUACCAUCUGACAAGAGACUGGUGCUGGACGGGCCCGACAAAGUUUCCGCUUUCACACGGAUAGCGGGAGCGCAGCAAAGGAAGUUAUCCCUGCCGAGGACUGUUCCAGCCGCGGUGGAAGCGCCGAGUCUUUUACAGCGCUCAGUUAUAAGUCAUACGGCGGAGUCCUUGGCCCAGUCGAGCACCUCGCGAGCCCACAUCGCGGAGAGCAAGGGGGGCGAGGGAAGACCGAAAUCGCCCGAGCAGGGUUCCUCGAGCACGGAGAUGUGGCGACCCUGG